CGCGGGUCUCACAUCUCCUAAUGUGCAGCAUCGCCAUCCAUUACCAGGUUCCUCGAACUUCUGAAGUCUAUGUCCACAGGAGUGGCAGGACGGCCAGAGCUUUCAGUGAAGGCCUGAGCUUGCUGCUGAUUGGCCCGAGCGAUGUGGUGAAUUUUAAAAGAAUUUACAAGACGUUGGCAAAGAGUGAAGAGCUUCCCUUUUUUCCAGUGGAAAUGAAAUACAUGACUUCUGUCAAGGAGCGGGUGAACCUGGCCCGACAGAUUGAGAAGGUAGAGUAUUUCAGCAGCCGAGCCAAACAGCACAAUUCUUGGCUGCAGCAAGCCGCAGAUGCCCUUGAGCUGGAGCUGGAUGAUGAAGACCUCAUAGGAGGCCGGCCCAGUGAGGAAGAAGAGAGUCAGAAACAGAAGAUGCUGAAAGGGAUGAAGAAGCAUCUGAAGCAUUUGCUGUCCCAGCCGGUAUUUAAAAAUGUUAUGAAGACAAAAUACCCAACCCAGUCCGGAAAACUGCUGCUGCCUGACCUUUCUGAGAUGAGUUCCCAGUCGGCUCUGGGUGCCAUGUCAAAAGCACAGAGGAAGAAGAAGAGGAUGAAGCAAAAUGAGGACAUCUAAUAGUCCAUAUGAGGAACCUUUAUUUCUCCCUCUUGAAGAUACUUCAGGCCACCAACUGUUCUGACUGUCUUUACAACAUACCUGUCCUGGAAUGGUUGCCUUCCCUUACUCCUGUUUCUUCUCUCCUGUACUGUUGUCAGUAGAUAUAAAUUCAGUUCUGCCCUUGUGGUUUUUCCUGGUUUGUGUUGGUUUGGAUCCUCACUACUCUGAACUGAGGAGUUUGCAGAAACGGAUCUUUCCUCCCCCCCUCCCCCCGCCCCCUGAUGAUCCCAAGCUUUGCCAAGGGUCAGGGAAUCCUCCAAAACAAUGCUGCACAGAAGACUGUAGCAAAUACAGUGGAUAAAGUUGCUCUCCUUCAUUUAAGGGCUUGUGCUCCAUUAACUGAGUCUGCACUGCUCAGGUUGGAUCCAGCAUAUUACACCCCAGUGAUAUCUGACGAAUGUGAUGCUUGUAUGUCAUAUAAACAGAUUAUCUGGAAGAAACACGGGAGGAAAUCUUCACAUCUGCUCAGACUGUCAACCAGAACUCAGCCAGCACAGUUAUAUGAAGAGGGCUCUCAUUCAUCUUGAGAGAAGGCUAUCAUUCCAUUUUUGUUUUGAAAAACAUUGUGAAUCCUUUAUGUCAGCGUGUGAUGUUUAUAUACCAUUGGUUUAAAAAGCUUCAUCCAUGUUCUCUUUUGGGGAAGUUAAAAUAUGACAUUGAAAAAUAUUGGAGUGUACCUAAGCAAUACUGAGGAUGUACCUUUACCUUGGCUCAUGGAAAUCUUUAUUAAAAUAUUUUAAAUAUUUUUA